AUGGAGGUAACGGCAACCUCCCCAGGUUCGACCGGUACCAACGGCGUUCCUGCACCUGCAGGCGGCGGUGGAUACCAGAUAGAUCCUCAAAUGAUAGUCAGCCACCUUACUCAAGUGUGCGAAAUCACACUGGGAGCGAGCCAAAAGGAUCUGGAAAAUGUUGGCAGUCUGCUUUCGAAAGCCCGGAUAUCUGACACCACGAUACGAGUACAACGCUGGGCAGAGUCGCAGGCCCAGGCUGCGCUGUAUAUUCAGAAAGAUUUUACAUCGGAGGAUAAGUUGGAUGCCGUGUUUGACGGGUCUAGCCCCACGAUCUACAACUACACUCUGGCCACAGAGCUUUCUCCCUCUUCUUCGACGGUCGCCUCGAUAGCUCUUCUGAAACGCCCAUUUCCGAUAGACACAACUAUACCCAUUGCCUCCCAAAUACAGAUUAUUAAUUUGCCUGGCGUUGCUACGCUGACUAGUGGCGCCGGCGGCCAGAGCAACUCUGUUUCUCCUUUCGAAAUCAUUCAUUCCGUUGUUCACCUAGCGCUGGCGCCAUAUUUCGAUGCCUUUACCAAGACGGAGCAGAUCGCAAAUGCGACUCGGAGCCGAUCCGAUGUGGAAGCAAAGACAGGAAUACCAGUGGCGAAAAAGAGAAUGACAGAAUGGGAGACUGCAUUGUUACAUCUUCAGCAAAAUGUGGAAAUCCCAGACCUGGUUUUGCCCAUGCAUCCCCUGGUCCAGAAUGCCCUCGAGGAGUCCAUUGCCCGAAAUAUCAAACCAAAUCCCGAACUUAUUCCCCUAGCUCUGCUGCAGGAUAGCACAUUCCUCAACAACCUACAAGCAAUAGUUAAUAGCUGGAUUAAAUCAAUACAGACAAUUACGUUGAUGUCAAGGGAUCCGAGUAGUGGCACAGCAGCACAGGAAAUGAAUUUCUGGCUGUCUAUGGAAGCUGCUCUUGAAGCUAUAGAGAGCCAGCUAAGAAGUACAGGUGUCACUUUGACCAUGGAUAUUCUUAGAACGGCAAAGCGAUUCCAAGCUACAAUCAGCUUCUCCUCAGAUACUGGCCUGAAGGAAGCCAUGGAUAAGGUUCAGAAAUACAACCAGCUGAUGCGAGACUUCCCGCUCGACGAACUACUCUCGGCAACAUCUCUAUUGAAAGUCCAAGAUGCCAUUGGCUUGAUCUUUACGCACCUCAACAAGAAGCUUCGAAUCUGCCCGUACCCAAUUCACCGAGCAUUACCGCUGGUUGAGGCUAUUUCAGGAGACCUGAAUUCACAGCUAACUUCUUUGAUACACGGCCGGACACUGAUGAAUCUUGAUUACCGGGAAUUCAAGAAUUUGACUGCUGCUGCUGAGUCGAUCUGGAAAACUUGGGAUGACAAUAUUAAGGAGUUUACAAAUGUGGCUCGUGAGGUCACCCGCCGGAGGAAUGAAAAGUUCAUUCCUAUCAAGAUCAAACCGAGGCACACAGAUCUUCAGGCCCGAUUGAAGUAUGUCAGUACCUUUCGAGAUAACCAUGAGCAACUGCAGAAAACCAUUGUCAAUGUCUUGGGUCCAAAAACUGCAGACGGCUCAGCAGAUGAUGCGUCAAACGGCGUUAUCCUGGUCGAAGAAAUGGGCGAUGUCGAUGCAGUUGAGGAGGUUCAGCAAGCAUACGAGGCUCUACGUAACAUCGAUUUGUUAGAUUUGACGCCUGAAGGUACACAAAGUUGGGUCCAGGCGGAAAACACCUACAACGAGCGGACAUCCCGUGUCGAAAACUCAAUCAUCGCACGGCUACGGGACCGAUUAGCCACUGCAAAGACUGCCAACGAGAUGUUCCGUGUAUUCUCGAAAUUCAACGCGCUUUUCGUCAGACCGAAAAUCCGAAGUGCUAUAACGGAGUAUCAGACAAAGCUCAUAGACAAUGUCAAAGCUGACAUCUCCGGCCUCCACGAGCGUUUCAAGCAACAAUAUGGUCAUUCGGAAGCACAUGCUAUGGCCCAACUUCGAGACCUUCCGCCAGUGGCAGGUGCCAUUAUAUGGGCACGCCAAAUCGAGAGACAACUUGAUGGUUAUAUGAAGAAAGUUGCAGAUGUACUCGGACAUGACUGGGCUCUCCAUGCUGAAGGGCAGAAGCUUCAGAGCGAAAGUCACCUCUUUCGGAAGAAGCUAGAUACCCGACCUAUCUUCGAGGCAUGGCUUCAUGAUGUCUCGAGAAAGCAGAUUACCAUUACUGGGCGACUUUUCAACAUUAAUAAGAUCCGGGCGGCGAAUUAUGCACUUGAGUUGGCGGUAAACUUUGACCCCCAGAUCAUUGCACUAUUCAAAGAAACACGGAAUCUGUUAUGGCUCGGCUAUAUUAUUCCUCACGCCGUUAAUAGUGUAGGCAGAGACGCAAAGCGAGUCUAUCCCUAUGCCGUAAGUCUAAUGGAAAGUGUUCGGACAUUCACCCAGACUACUCGACAGAUCUCAAGCAUGUCCGAUGUUUCUAUUCUCUUGAGCGGAUACCACAAUGAUGUGCAAGCACUCAUUGCUAAAGGCGUCCCAUUGAGGUGGGAGUCAUUCGUGCAUGCGUAUGAUAUCCACCUGAAACAGCCAUAUCUAUCGAAUGGGACUAUCGAUCAUGCCUCUAGUGGCCGCAGCGAAAGCAAGCAUGUCCAAUUUAUCCGAGAAUUUGCCGCUUCCGUUUCGUUACUUCAGACCAAAACCGAAUCGCUUGCAUCAAUCAAUUUGGCAAUUCAAAAGGCGCUUGCGGAAUUGGAGACAUGCCCGUAUGAUGGAGCCUCCUUAGAGCUGCGUCUAGAAACAGUUCAAAUGGCAGUUGAUCAGUUGAAUCUGGAGAACUAUGUUAACCUGUCUUACUGGGUUGGUGAGAUGAACGGGCGGAUCAAGGCCAUUUUGCUCGUGCGGUUGAGACGAGCGAUCCAGACAUGGAUUGAGACUUUUGAGAACCACCAACCCGAGGGCGUGAACGAUGACAGCCGAAAGAAGCAUCUAAGUGUCGCUGCAGAACCGACAAACGAGAAUGUUCCCUCAUUAAAGCGUUUGUUACUUGAAAUAUCCAUGCGAAACCAAGUUAUUUAUCUGGACCCACCUUUGGAAUAUGCUAGAGCGAGUUGGUUCUCACAGCUCCACGACUGGCUCGGAGUCGUCUGCAAUCUCCGACAAAUCAAAGCUUCCAGAUACCAGAUGACCCUGUCAAUAGCAAAUGAUGCUGAAGCCCGAUUUACAGAUCUACCGGCCUCGUGUGCCGAUAGUUUGACAGAAGUAUACGUGUGUGUUGAGACAAAGUUGCACCAGAUUAGCCAGUAUGUUGACAAAUGGCUACAAUUUCAGUCUCUGUGGGACUUGCAACCUGAGCACGUCUACGAGAUCCUCGGGGAGCAACUUUCGCAAUGGUUGCAGCUUCUACAGGAGAUUCGGAAGACACGAUCAACCUUUGAUACUACCGAAGUUAGUCGAUCAUUUGGGAAUCUUACAAUAGAUUACGAGCAAGUCCAGACGAAAGUGAAUGCGAAGUAUGACCAAUGGCAGCAUGAAAUUGUGACGAAGUUUGGUGCGCGCCUCGGGGCUCGUAUCCACGAGGUAUACACCGAGAUAGAAAAAGCACGGAAGGAUCUCGAAGUGCAAUCAUUGGAGGCGUCCUCCACAGCCCAAGCUGUCCAAUUCAUUACCAUUGUCCAGGCAUGCAAACGCAAGGUUAAGGCUUGGGGGCCUGAGGUGGAAAUUUUCAGGCAAGGACAGACAACUCUGAAGCGACAGCGGUAUCAGUUUCCAGCAGAUUGGACCCACGUCGAACAAGUAGACUCGGAAUGGACCUCCCUAAAUGAAAUCCUCACUCGGAAAGCCAAAAUUGUCGAAGAUCAAACCGAUGCUUUGCGGGCCAAGAUCACGGCGGAGGACCAGGUUGUAGGAGACAAGAUUGUGGAGAUUAUCAGCCUGUGGAACGAUGAGAAGCCUGUUUCCGGAACGAUUGCUCCAGAUGUUGCCUCUACGACACUAUCGUCGUUUGAAUCUCGUAUUAGCAAAAUUCGCGAAGAGUCCGAGAUGGUGUCCAAAGCCAAAGAGGCUCUGGACCUUCCUGCCAGCCCCGCCACAGCCCUCGAUGCUAUCCUCGAAGAAGUGCAAGAUUUCAAGUCUGUCUGGGCUGCGCUUUCGACCAUUUGGAAGAGUCUAAAUGACCUCCGAGACACUCUUUGGAACAGCGUACAACCCCGAAAGCUUCGAUCAUCUAUUGACAGCCUACUUAAAAUGACGAAGGAAAUGCCUAGUCGAAUGCGACAAUAUGCAGCUUUUGAACACAUUCAGACCAUUCUCCGACAAUUCCUGAAAGUCAACCCUGUCCUCGCUGAUCUAAAAUCCGAGGCAGUCCGUGACCGGCAUUGGAACAAGAUCUUCAAAGCCCUCAAACCUGGGAAGCGAUAUUCUCCAAUUUCUAUGACCCUUGGUGAUGUCUGGGACUUGAAUCUGACAGCAAGCGAGGUUAUCAUCCGAGACAUCAUUACCCAAGCUCAGGGUGAGAUGGCUUUAGAAGAGUUCUUGAAGCAGGUUCGCGAGGUUUGGUCGAACUAUUCGCUCGACCUAGUCAGUUAUCAAAAUAAAUGCCGACUCAUUCGAGGUUGGGAUGAUCUUUUUGCAAAGUGCAGCGAAAAUUUGAACUCUUUGCAGGCCAUGCGACAUUCCCCCUAUUACAAAGAAUUCGAAGAGGAAGCUUCAUCCUGGGAAGACAAACUCAACCGAGUCCACGUGCUCUUCGAUGUCUGGAUUGACGUUCAGCGGCAAUGGGUCUACCUGGAAGGCGUGUUUACUGGCAAUGCAGAUAUCAAGCAUCUUCUCCCAAUCGAGUCUUCUCGGUUUCAGAACAUCAAUUCUGAGUUCUUUGCCGUAAUGAAAAAGGUUUACAAACAGCCCUUUGUGCUGGACGUUCUCAAUAUAUCUGGCGUACAAAAAUCGCUUGAACGGCUUGCUGAGCUCUUAAAUAAGAUCCAGAAAGCCCUUGGCGAAUACCUUGAGCGAGAACGUGUUUCUUUCCCGAGAUUCUACUUUGUCGGUGACGAGGAUCUCCUUGAAAUUAUUGGCAACAGCAACGACACUCUCCGUAUUGCUAAACAUUUCAAGAAGAUGUUUGCAGGUCUGUCUGGGCUAAUCAUGGACGAAGAGCACAUAAUUUCCGGAUUUACCUCGAAGGAAGGCGAGGAGGUUAGGCUAAAGAAGGAGAUAUCACUUAUCAAAACGCCUAAAAUUAAUGACUGGCUGGCGUUAUUAGAGAGCAGCAUGAAGACAACUCUUGCUGAGCUACUAGCGGAAGCCGUUGAGCAAUACGAGCCUUUGUUCCACGCCGAGAACCUCGACCAAGAAGCUCUGAAUGAGUACAUUUCUGCUUUCCCUAGUCAGAUCGUUGUCUUAGCUACACAAGCUGUCUGGACCUCUGCCGUGGAGAACGCCCUAGAAAACGGUGGAUCGACACUGGAAAAAUUACACAAUCAAGAAGUCAAGGUCCUCCGACUUCUUGCUUCCACCGUCCUAGGAGAUCUUGACCCCAUUCAAAGAAAGAGAUGCGAACAUCUUAUCACGGAAUGUGUGCAUCAACGGGAUGUGAUUGAGAAGCUCUUCAAGCAAAAUGCGAGCACGCCUAAUCAUUACCUGUGGUUGCUACAAAUGAGAUAUGUUUACAAGCCCGAAGGGGACUUCCUUCAGCGACUUGACAUAAGAAUGGCGAAUGCGAAAUUAAACUACGGCUUUGAGUACUUGGGAGUUGCAGAACGCCUUGUUCGAACACCUCUAACGGACCGCUGUUUCUUGACGUUAACUCAAGCACUUUGUCAACGGCUAGGCGGGUCUCCGUAUGGGCCUGCAGGAACCGGCAAGACAGAGUCAGUCAAAGCUUUAGGUGUACAGCUCGGUAGAUUUACUCUGGUUUUCUGCUGUGACGACACAUUCGAUUUCCAGGCUAUGGGCCGAAUUUUCCUAGGCAUUUGUCAGGUAGGAGCAUGGGGAUGCUUCGAUGAGUUUAAUCGAUUGGAAGAGCGUAUUCUAUCCGCCGUAUCUCAGCAGGUUCAAAACAUUCAACUGGGAUUGAAGCAAGGCAUGGAGGACGAUAAAUCACAAAUCGAACUAGUUGGCCGCCAAUUGCACGUAAAUGCCAAUACAGGAAUUUUCAUCACGAUGAAUCCUGGGUAUGCUGGUCGGUCGAAUUUGCCAGACAACUUGAAAAAGUUGUUCCGAAGCGUUGCCAUGUCGAAGCCGGACAAGGAACUCAUCGCAGAGGUCAUGCUUUACUCACAAGGUUUUAAUCGUGCGAAGGAACUCUCGAAGCUGACGGUUCCAUUUUUUGACCGAUGUGCAGCCGGACUAUCUAAGCAGGCUCAUUACGACUUCGGCCUUCGCGCUUUAAAGAGCGUGCUUGUUAGCUCCGGAGGACUGAAGCGUGCUCGUCUUACAAGUUCUGGCGGCGAACUUGGCCCUGAAGAUGAGGUGGAGCCGCAAAUCAUCGUCCAAAGUCUUCGCGAGACCAUUGCGCCUAAGCUUAUCAAGAGCGAUGUGGAAAUUAUGAAGACCAUUGAGGCUGAAUCAUUCCCCGGUGUAGAAUAUGUUCCGGCAAGCUUGGAGAAAUUGCAAGAGGCGAUUCACAGUAUCUCGAAGGAGAGGCAUCUUGUUGUCAAUGACACUUGGAUGACGAAGAUCCUCCAACUAUACCAGAUUCAAACUAUCCACCACGGUGUGAUGAUGGUUGGGAACUCGGGCUCUGGAAAAUCGGUAGCAUGGAAGCUUCUGCUACAGGCGUUGCAACAGGUUGAAGGAGUGGAAGGGGUAUGCCACAUUAUCGAUUCCAAAGUGAUGUCGAAGGAAGCCUUAUACGGCAACCUAGAUUCCACGACCCGCGAAUGGACAGACGGCCUGUUCACUAGCAUUUUACGCAAGAUCGUCGACAACUUGCGUGGCGAGGAGUCAAAGAGACACUGGAUUGUAUUUGAUGGUGAUGUCGAUCCCGAAUGGGUUGAAAACUUGAACAGUGUGCUGGAUGACAACAAGCUUCUUACGCUCCCCAACGGCGAGCGCCUUAAUCUGCCUCCCAAUGUUCGGAUUAUGUUCGAAGUUGAAACGUUGAAAUAUGCUACUCUGGCUACUGUCAGUCGUUGUGGUAUGGUGUGGUUCAGCGAGGAUACUGUAACUUCGAAUAUGAUGCUGUUCAACUAUCUGGACACUCUGAGAACCGUGGCAUUCGAGGACCUCGACGAAGAUGCGGUUGCGACAGGUCAAACUGCAGCUAAGGCUCUGGCAGUCCAGGCACAGGUCGCAGAUCUCCUACAGGCGUUCCUCAUUACAGACGACCUAAUUUCAAACGCGCUUGAGCGGGCGCAGGCCUUCAACCACAUUAUGGAGUUCACAGUUGCCAGAGUCUUAAACACUCUUUUCUCACUGCUCAAUAAGAGCGUCCGGGAUAUCAUCGAAUACAAUUCACAGCAUGUCGACUUCCCACUCGAUCCAGAACAGGUCGAAUCAUUUAUCGCAAAGAAACUGCUUUUGGCCAUGGUUUGGUCGCUGACUGGCGAUUGUCCUUUAGCUGAUCGCAAGGCUUUCGGAGAUUGUCUUGCAGGCCUGGCAACCUUCGGAUCACCGAUUCUAGGGGACAAUUCUUCCUUGAUAGACUUUGACGUUACCUUACCAAAAGCCGAAUGGUCAUCCUGGCAAAACCAGGUCCCCACAAUCGAAGUCAAUACACAUUCCAUUACCCAAACUGAUGUUGUUAUCCCGACCCUGGAUACUGUCCGCCACGAGGACGUCCUGUACUCUUGGCUGGCCGAGCACAAACCCCUUCUUCUGUGCGGCCCUCCUGGUUCUGGAAAAACCAUGACAUUGUUCAGUGCGCUACGAAAACUCCCAAAUAUGGAGGUUGUUGGGCUCAACUUUUCCAGUGCAACGACGCCUGAUCUACUGAUCAAGACAUUUGAGCAAUACUGCGAGUACAAGAAGACUCUCAACGGUGUCAUUCUCUCCCCUACUCAGAUUGGACGUUGGCUUGUCAUCUUCUGUGACGAGAUCAAUUUGCCUGCUCCGGAUAAGUAUGGGACUCAGCGAGCAAUCUCAUUCCUUCGCCAGCUUGUUGAGCAGAACGGAUUCUGGCGAACAUCGGACAAGACUUGGGUGACCCUUGACCGGAUACAAUUUGUGGGCGCCUGCAACCCUCCAACGGAUGCCGGGCGAACUCCCAUGGGUGCGAGGUUCUUAAGACAUGCACCACUCAUCAUGGUCGACUAUCCUGGCGAGCUUUCACUGCAGCAGAUCUAUGGCACUUUCAACAAUGCUGUCCUUAAAAUUAUCCCAUCAUUGAGGGGCUACUCCGAGUCGCUAACCAAAGCUAUGGUCAAAUUCUACCUCGAGUCCCAGCAACGCUUUACUCCGAAGAUCCAGCCUCAUUAUGUGUACAGUCCUCGUGAACUUACCAGAUGGGUGCGAGGUAUAUAUGAAGCUAUUCGGCCACUUGAAACUCUAUCUGUGGAAGGACUAGUUCGCAUAUGGGCGCAUGAAGCACUUCGACUAUUCCAGGACCGUCUAGUAGCUGAAGAUGAGCGCAAGUGGACAGACGAUGUUGUGCAUCGCAUUGCAUUGGACUUUUUCCCGACUAUUGAUGAGGGCAAAGCUCUAGGUGGCCCUAUCCUAUUCUCGAAUUGGCUUUCGAAAAAUUAUGUUCCCGUUGAUAGAGAACAAUUGCGCGAUUUCGUCAAGUCUAGACUAAAGACUUUCUGCGAGGAAGAGGUUGAUGUGCCAUUGAUUCUCUUUAAUGAUGUCUUAGAGCACGUACUGCGGAUCGAUCGUGUCUUCAGACAACCCCAAGGCCAUUUGAUCCUGAUUGGAGUUAGUGGCAGUGGUAAGACCACAUUAUCUCGAUUUGUUGCCUGGAUGAAUGGCUUGAAAGUUUUCCAGAUUAAAGUACACGGCAAAUACUCCGCGGAAGACUUCGAUGAUGAUUUGCGCGAUGUCCUACGGCGCUGUGGAUGUAAGGGAGAAAAGAUCUGUUUCAUCAUGGACGAAUCUAAUGUCCUUGAUUCUGGUUUCCUCGAAAGGAUGAAUACUCUUCUCGCCAAUGCCGAAGUCCCUGGACUUUUCGAAGGAGAUGAGCAUGCCUCGCUGAUGACCGCAUGCAAGGAAGGCGCUCAACGUCAAGGCUUGCUCCUAGACUCGCAAGAGGAGCUUUAUAAAUGGUUUACUCAACAGAUCGUCAAGAACCUCCAUGUUGUCUUCACCAUGAACCCUCCUGAGGACGGGUUGUCAUCGAAGGCUGCUACUAGUCCUGCUCUGUUCAAUCGCUGUGUCCUGAAUUGGUUCGGAGAUUGGUCCGAUCAAGCUCUUUUCCAAGUCGGAACUGAAUUAACGCAUUCCGUUGAUCUUGAUCGACCUAAUUUCACUGCCCCUGACAGUAUUCCUGUCGCCUACAGAGACUUAAAUCUUCCAGCCUCGCACCGUGAGGCGGUCAUCAACGCGAUGGUGUAUAUCCACUAUUCCCUGCAUCGCUUCAAUGUGAAACUUCUCAGGCAGCAGGGUCGGGUUACAUAUCUCACGCCUAGGCAUUUCCUAGAUUUUGUUGCGCAGUAUGUUAAGCUCUACAACGAGAAGCGCGAGGACCUUGAAGAGCAACAACGCCAUCUAAAUGUUGGACUUGAAAAGUUGAGAGAUACGGUGGACAAAGUGCGCGAUCUCCGUGUCAGUCUUGCUGAAAAGAAGGGUCAGCUCGAACGUAAAGACGCAGAAGCUAAUGAGAAACUCCAACGUAUGGUCGCAGACCAACGUGAAGCUGAACAGCGCAAGACAACAUCCCUAGAGAUCCAAUCCGCUCUAGAGAAGCAGGAAACCGAAGUUGCCGAGCGACGAGAAUUGGUAUUGAACGAUUUAGCCAGAGCCGAGCCAGCUGUCAUUGAAGCCCAAAAGAGUGUCAGCAAUAUUAAGCGUCAACAUCUCACAGAAGUACGCUCUAUGGGCAAUCCACCUAAAGGUGUUAAGCUCGCACUCGAUUCUGUGUGUACCCUUCUCGGCCACAAGGUGGAUAGCUGGAAGACAAUCCAGGGCAUAGUUCGCAAAGAUGAUUUCAUCGCGAGCAUAGUCAAUUAUGAUAACGAGAAGCAGAUGACGAAAGCUCUCCGUGUUAAGAUGCGCAACGAGUACCUUUCAAACGACGAUUUUACAUACGAGAAGGUCAAUCAUGCCAGCAAGGCUUGUGGUCCUCUUGUCCAAUGGGUUCAUGCCCAGGUCAACUAUUCCGAGAUUCUUGACCGAGUCGGUCCGUUAAGAGAAGAAGUGGGUAUGCUUGAGGAGCAGGCUCUGCAAACGAAGGCAGAAGCACAAGCGGUCGAAAAUACGAUCAAUACACUAGAGCAGAGCAUUGCAACCUAUAAGACCGAAUAUGCUGCCCUAAUCAGCGAAACACAAGCUAUCAAAACCGAAAUGUCUAAAGUGCAAUUCAAGGUUGAUCGAAGUGUUCGGCUGCUCGACAGUCUGUCUUCCGAGCGGGUCCGCUGGGAGGAAAGCAGUAAGUCUUUCGAGACUCAAAUCGGUACCCUCGUUGGUGAUGUCCUCGUCGCCGCUGCAUUCCUAGCCUAUAGUGGACUCUACGACCAACAAUUCCGAAAGAACAUGAUGGAAGAUUGGCUACAUCAACUCCAACUGUCUGGUAUCAAUUACAAGCAGCACAAUCCGGUGACAGAGUACCUUUCGACUGCCGACGAGCGGUUAGGAUGGCAGGAAAAUUCGUUGCCUGUGGAUGACCUUUGCACCGAGAAUGCGAUCGUUCUAAAACGAUUCAAUCGUUAUCCCUUGAUCAUCGAUCCAUCUGGUCGUGUUACUGAGUUCCUUCAAAAGCAAAACAAGGAGCGACGUCUUACCGUGACAAGCUUCUUGGAUGAUUCCUUUACUAAGCAACUGGAGAGCUCGCUACGUUUCGGUAAUCCUAUUCUCAUACAAGAUGCCGAGUAUCUGGAUCCGGUGCUCAACCAUGUCCUUAACAAAGAAUAUCAGAAGACUGGUGGCCGUGUCCUUAUCCAACUAGGCAAACAAGAAAUUGACUUUUCCCCCGCUUUCAAGAUUUAUCUUUCGACUCGAGAUCCGUCGGCAACCUUUGCCCCCGAUAUUUGCAGCCGAACAACGUUUGUGAACUUUACUGUUACUCAGAGCAGUCUUCAAACCCAAUCUUUGAAUGAGGUGCUGAAAUCGGAGCGACCAGAUGUUGAUGAGCGAAGAUCCAACCUAAUUAAGCUGCAGGGCGAGUUCAAGAUCCAUCUCAGGCAGUUGGAGAAGCGACUGUUACAGGCCCUCAACGAGUCGCGUGGAAACAUCCUGGAUGAUGAUAAUGUUAUUGAGACGCUCGAAACAUUGAAGAAAGAGGCUGCCGAAAUUUCACUUAAGAUGAACAACACCGAAGGCGUCAUGGCAGAAGUGGAUGAGAUUACACUUCAAUACAACAUUAUCGCCCGGUCUUGCAGUGCAGUAUUUGCUGUAUUAGAGCAGCUGCACUACUUGAACCACUUCUACCAGUUUUCGCUACAGUACUUUCUCGGUAUUUUCCACUCCGUACUGCAUGACAAUAAGCAUUUGGCAAACGAAACAAAUCACAAUGUCCGACGAGACAUUAUCAUCCAGGAUCUCUUCGUUACGACGUAUCAGCGCACAGCUCUCAGUCUGCUUCAAAAGGAUAGAAUUACACUGGCUAUGCUCUUGGCUCAAGCUUCGCCCUCGAAAAUGGAUAAGACUCUUAUCGAUGUUAUUCUAGAUGAUGGCAUUCUAGGCACUGACAUUUCCACCGAGACUCAAAAGAGAGAUGAAGUGUUGGCUAGAGCAUCAAGACUUCCAGUGCUCAAGGGCAAACUAGAGGCCGUCACUGAUUCCGUCUGGGAUCGUUUCCUAUCUGAGGAAAUUGGAGAGAACUACGUGCCUCAAGUCUGGGAUGCGGACACUGGGAAGUGCGACCAAGAGCUCAUCUCCCUGCUCCUAGUGAAGCUUUUCCGCCUCGAUCGAUUUGUGCCAGCUGCUGAGCGCUUCGUUACCGCGGUCUUCGGCGCAGGGCUUCUAGAUACAACCGAGGAUUUGAAGGAAACGGUGGACCAGGUCUCCGCCAGUAGCCCCAUUGCGCUCUGCUCAAGUCCUGGUUUCGACGCCAGUUACAAAGUUGACAGCUUAGUUGAACGGUCCCGUGCUACGUGCACUAAUAUUGCCAUGGGUUCCAAUGAAGGUCUCGCAAGCGCCGACAAAGCCAUCAGCAAUGCUGCCGCCAACGGAUCCUGGGUGCUUGUUAAGAACGUCCAUUUGGCCCCGACUUGGCUACAGAGUCUUGAAAAACGGAUGGAUUCUCUCAAGCCCCAUGCCGACUUCAGGCUCUUCCUCUCCAUGGAAUCGAGCCCGAAGAUUCCUGUCAAUUUGCUGCGUGCUUCGCGUGUGCUAAUGUACGAGCAACCGGCUGGUGUCAGAGCAAAUAUGAAAGAUUCUAUGGCAUCUUUGUCAACUCGAGCGAUAAAGACCCCUGUAGAGAGAACAAGGCUCUACCUGCUUUUGUCUUUCUUGCAUGCCGUGGUCCAGGAGAGGCUUCGAUAUGCUCCUAACCUAGGAUGGAAAGGUUUCUGGGAAUUCAAUGACAGCGACUACGAAUGUUCGGCCUUUAUCAUUGAUACCUGGGUCGAAACGGUUGCCAAUGGGCGAACUAAUGUGGCUCCACAAAAUCUUCCUUGGGAUAUGAUCCGCACCCUCGUUGUCGAGACUUACGGAGGGAAGAUUGAUGAUGAGGGCGACUUUGCGCGCCUAACGCAACUUGUUCACUCCUUCCUCACGCCUUCAGCCUACGAUAUCGGACACAAGCUCGUAGAGGGUGUAUUGGGAGAUGACGAAGAUGCUUUGGUCGUCCCGGGCGGAACUUCGCUGAACGAAUUCAGCCAGUGGAUCCAGAGGCUGCCAGAGAGAGAACCACCAACAUAUCUCGGCCUCCCUGCCAAUGCAGAGAAAUUACUCUUGGUUGGCCAGGGUAUUAGCAUGAUUCAGAAUUUGGGGAAGAUUACGGAAUUGUUGGAUGAGGGAGAGCAGAUUAUGGCGGAAGCUCAGUGA